AUGCGGCGUUCUCCGUUGGUGGGGUGGGAUGUUCCGGCUGUUGCCCGAGGGAUGCUGCGCAUGCUGCCUGGACUUGAGCCAGCUCGAGGGCUGCCCGUUCGGCGGCUUUGGACGUUUCCGUAUCCCUGGGCAUGUGAGGAUGUCGUUGUUGUGUCGUUCGUGAAAUUUCGGACAAUGGUGGACGAGCUGUUGCUUCGUAUCCGCGUUCGUCCUCGCGCGGACGAUAAUGUUCUGAGUAAAAGUGCUUCGAUGGAUGAGUCUCAAAGCAACAGUAAUGGUGAAGCGGACUUUACACCGGGCCCGGAUGCGUGGAAAGCUUGGGCUGGAGAACAAACACCGGUUGAGACCCACUUCAUGAUCAUGCCUACUCGCGUGGACAACGCGAUAAAGAAACUACGCGAGAACAUCGCGGAUUAUUUGAAGGUGGCGAAGGACAGGUUCCAGGUCUUGUAUCGUGGUCAAACGCUGGAUGACGAAGACACAGUGGAUGGGGUUGGAUUGGAGAACAACUCCACCGUUCACGUGAUGCACGUUUCGGGAGCGCAACCGACAGAUUUCAAAACGCCGGCUCCGCCAGUGGACAAUGAACGCAUAUCGCGACUCGUGUUGGCCUUGCAAGUGGCUUUGGUGUAUCCGAGGUUCAACCGUUGUUCGUGGGCACAAAUUCUGCGUGGAGACAAGGUGGACAAUAUCGUUGCUGCGACUCCGGGACUUGCCGAGGACCGUACUGCUAUUGCCUUAAUGAGCGAUCCGUUACUUCUUUUUGCUGCGUCUGGACUUGAAGCUUGCAAAGUUUUGUGGAAAAAGCACCACUGUUUGAUCGAAGCACUGGAGCUGCUUUGCGGAUCGAUGCAUGGUGAUCCUCACAACAGUGUGCUUGGCGCAGCUGGGAGUCGGGACGAGAGCGGUCUCGACCUUGACUCUUUGGACGAUGACGAGGAUUUCCAAAGUGCACUUAUGGAAGACGAAGAUGAGGACGAGGAAGAAGAAGACGCUGAGGAUGGCAGUGGAGCAGCGACGGCUUCUGCCACUGCUGCUGGAGCCAGUGGAGGAGAUGGUCGUGCUGCUGCAGGGGAAGACGAUUCAGCUUUGCCAAGUAGCAGUAGUGGUGGUGGGGGUUCGUCGGCGGGAGCUGGGACUGGUGCAAGACCCAGGUCAUCCCGCGGGAGACCGUCUCCUCAGCAACAGCAACAACAACAAAGAGGUCAGAGAAGACGGAGACCUCGGAGUCAGAGCGACAGUCGAAGCAGCGGAUCGAGUUCGUCGAGGCAACAGCGGACACAGGCGCCGACGUCGUCAUCCACGUCCUCGUCAUCGUCUUCUUUGAGUCGUCAGUUUGUGACGUCGGCGCAGCUGGCGGCGGCACUGCGACGCAUCGCAUCGGAAGGGUCGCCCUCGCCGCAGCAUCGUCGCGUCCCAUUGCCCACGCAGCCCCUGGUGACGCGAGAAAUGUUCCGUGCCGCCAUUGACCAGGCUACGGCGAACCAAGGUGGUGCUUCUGCGGCGGCGGCGCCGACGACAUCGCCCUCACCUUCGCCAGCAGAGCCGCCACCACCACCGCCGCCGGCAGAACCUGCCGCUCCGCGAGUGACAGCUGAGCGCGAAGGACAAAUUCGGACCCUGGAGGAAUUGGGGUUCUUCAACGCUGCCGAGAACCUGCAGGCGCUCGAAGCCACCCAUGGAGAUAUUGCUGCUGCCGUUGAACUGAUUUUGAGCAUGCGGGAAAAUUGAAUUGUCCCUUUUCUGGUGCCCCACUUUUUUUCGGCCUUUUUGAAAUGGCUAAUUCGGGUUUCCGUGUUUUCUUUUUCUCCUUAACGUCCGACAUCCCCAGAUUAGCGAUUUUUCUUCUCAUAAGAUAGGUCUUGCCCGAAUUUCCUAACGUUUAGUAAGGUUUAAUCCAUUAAUCUACUGCCACGAUUCCUGUAAUAAAGUUCACUUUACGACAUAUUUCAUUUGAUCAGCAAGUGAGCAAUCUUCAUCAAAAUAUUUGCUGUUUCGUGACUUCGUGGGAUUAUGGGCUAUAAAAUUAAUUUCAAGAUUAUACUGUAUUUCAAUCUUCGCUUUUUUCUUCCAAGUUUAGUGGAUGAUACGGAUUUAAUAUUCAUUCCCCCAAAGAACAUUCCUAGGUUGUUAGAAUCUGCUGAAGGCUUCUAUAAAUUUUAAUUGUUCACCAGUGCUUCAGUGUUGAUAUUCAUGUAUUACAGUCAAAGCAACAUGGUCUUGUUUUAUCAAUUACCAUCCUUCAACAAAAGUAUCUUUGAAGUUAAGGGCUGAUGGUUUUUUGGUUACGUUGGUCUGGUUUAUGUUGUCUGAACAAGCUAUCGAGUGAAUGACACAAACGAAAAACCGGAGUUACGUGCACGCUGAUGAACACGUUUACAAUAAGUUGCAAUGCUGUUUACGCUGUUGGGUUACAGAAUUUACGACAGAUCAUGCCAUAUUUAAAGCAUAAAUUAAUUUGAGUAAGUGAAUAUUGUCAGGUUAGAAUAUAAUUUGAUGGAGGAAAACCUUUUGGGGUCCUCUGUAACAUCUCUUGUGUAAGAUUGCUGGCCCUUAAUAUCUUGCAAGUUUUUUUUGUUCAAUUUCUGUUGGUUUAAAUUUAUUCAACUUCUAUUCAGGCGACAUUUGGUGAAACGAAAAAAUCAAGUGCAUACCGUAUGUUAAAAUCUGAAGCGUUUUAUCUUUAAACGUUCCAAGUGAGAAAAAUAAUCUGCAUUCUUAUAGUGUAAUGAUUUAUAGUAAUCGAAUAAUUUUUAAUUUGAGAAGUUCCGUCAGACUUAAUUUCCAUUCUGAAGGAGAUCUUAGUGUUGAGUCACAGAUAUCCAUUAAUAUUUCCAUAAAAAAGCGAAGAAACUCUGCCACGAGGUUAUGCGUUUUCCUGAUGGUCUUUCAGGAAUAGUUUUUCCAAUGUCGGGAUGUGGCGAACUUUUUUUUUUUUUGCUUUUUGGUGUCCCUUGUUUUUACAAAAAGCGCAAAAGUUUUCAAAACUUUUGCGAUUUUAGGGUGAACGUUGAACCCGUGAAAUUAGUGGCGAAGAAGUCUAACAAAUAGCGUAAGAAUAAGUGUGCUAGGCGUUUGAAUCUUCGAUUUUUGUGACAAAAAAGGAAUACCGUAUUCCAUCCGUGUAUGGAACUUGUGCCUUCUUGGUGAAGAAAUCUCCCAUUACAGUAAAGUAAUUUUACCCGUCAUGAUCAUCUUGAGUAAUCUUAAUCGUUCGGUAUGUAAUCCAUGUUUGGCAAGAUUCGAAGAAACUCUGGAGCAAUGCUUGAAAAAUUUUUCAAAAGAUGGAUUUGAAUGUGUUCCUUGUAAUGACACUGCAUUGCAAUGCUCCAUUUUUUGAUUGGGUUCUCUUCUGAAAUUGAAAAUGUCUCCUGUCAGCAGGUUUGAUUCCUUAAUUGGGAAUUUUUUUUUCUGGAGAGAACUUCGGAUGUACGAGGAGUUUUCCUUGAAAUUUUUUUCUGAUUCAUAACGAGCUAUGUAAAAUUGAAGAAUUGUGGAUUAAUCUGAGCUAAAGCUUUAUUCGUACGCGUUCGUGAUGCACUCGGCUUAUAAAAUUCGUCGUCGGGAUUCUCGGGAGUAGAAAACAUUGUCGGAAGCGCUCAGGGCUGGAGAUGACGGAAGCAAAACAAUUUACAUGUAUUUGACGUAGACAGGAUUCAACAUGCGAAUCAGGGGAAUCAGUGUUCGGGAUAUUCGGUUCCCCACGUCACUACGACUCGACGGAUCUGACGCGCAGCACGUGGAUCCGGAUUAUUCGUGCGCCUAUGUCGUGCUUUUCACGGACUCGGAAGCCAAGGGUUUCGGUCUUUCUUUCACGAUCGGAAGAGGGACGGAAAUAGUUGUUCAGGCAAUCCGAUCGUUGGCCCAUCUCGUGGUCGGCCAAGAUUUCGAGGCCAUCGUCAAGGACUUUGGGGCCUUCUCGCGUCGUCUGACAAACGACUCUCAACUUCGUUGGGUGAGUUCAAAAAUGUACUGUCGUAAAUCUGGAACCGAGUUGGAAUGCACUGUCGAGUUUAGGUUAGGUGUCGUUAGAUUGGGUUAGGUGUUCGGUAAGAUAUUCUAUGUUGUUCAAGUUUAAUAGAUAAACUUAUUUCUGUAUGAAAAAUUUAAAAAUUAGUCAAAUCCAUGUCUAAAUUCCGGUUUGGGUGUUCCUAUUUUUUUUAAAUAUUGUGGUUUUUGAGUUGCUGAAAAUGAGGUGCACAUCUUAUAGGUACUUGCUGGGGUUGGUAUAUACUGUCUUCAAUUACCGUAUUUACUUGAGUACCACAAUAUUUUCUCAAAUUUGAUAGGAAAGAAUGGGGUGUGUGUGUCAUAGGUGGGUACACAUUUUUCAAAAAGUUUCGAAGACUUAGAUGUCUAUUAUGAUUGCUUCUAAUGGUGAAUGUUUGUUCCAGUUUAACAAUGAAAUUUAUUUCGGUUGAAAAUUACUGUAGACAGUUAAUGUAUUCAUGUCGAAAUUCAGACUUGAGUGUUCUCAUUUUUGAAAUAUUGUGGUUACUUUUUAGAGAUUCUAAAAAUUGGGUGCACAUCUUACUCGGGUGUAGGGUUUCAUCCACAUUUUCAACUGGAAAAUCGCAGUGCGUGUUUUACGUGAGGGCAUGUGGUACUUGCGUAAAUACGAUAGGUUAUGAUUGGUGUUUUAUUCGUUUGGGUUGUCUUUUUUAAAUUACAGUAUUUAAUUCUUAGGAGAUUGGGUUGUGUUUUCAGUCAAAUUUGGGCAGGUGUUGAAGUACAGUACAUUAAAAAUUAGAUGUUGUUGGAUAAUGUUAAGUUAGGUAUUCUUUGAUUAUAUUAGGUUAGGUGUUGUUGGAAUAUAUGUACUUUAUUGUGUUAGGUUAGGUUUUCUUAGAUCCGGUCACGUGUUCAUUUAGGUUAUAAAGGUUGUUCGGUUGGGUUAUUUUGGGUGUUCAGUGUGGUUAUAACGUGUGUUGGGUUAUACAGUAUCAAGUUAGUGAUUUUAAAUCGCGCAGGUAAUUUUGGAUGUUAGAUUAGAUCUGGUGUUUUGCUGUUUUAGGCUUGGUUUUGUUGGUUCAUACAAUUUCAUUAGAUAAUUGAUGUCAAAAAUAGUUCGUGAUUUGAGUGACCUGAGGCCUGAUCUUGAUGUAAUUCAUUAUGAUUAUGUCGUUGUGAUGUUUUUUUAAUGCAUUGUGAUUAAUGUUAGCAAUUUUCAAUUGUUCCUUGUUGGAUUGUUUCCGAGAUAAUUUAUUCGUCAUAUGUUGUUCGAGAUGUGUGAAAAGUAAUGUGCAGAUUCACAGGUCUUGCCUUCGGUUGCUCUGGAAAGCGAAAGCUCGAAGGAAGUGAGUGAAUUGGAAUGUUGAUGGGUUUUUAGGGUUUUUCUAAAGUCCUGAAAUUUUCCGAGGUUGGUUUCGUAUGUCUUGCAAAGAGAAAAAUGAAAGUGCUUCAUUAUAGAUUCUCAUUAUUCUGUAUGUAAAUCGAGGAAUCGCCUUUUUUUAUUCUUCAAUAUCUACAGAGUCGUUGACUUGAAAAAAAUUAAUAACGCGUGUUUCUUAUGUUCGCCAAAAUAAAUCACAUAAACAACGGAUCGGUUAACUUCAUUCGGAGUGAAUAAGCAUAAGCAAAUCUCAACCCUGUACUGUAAUUUUGAAUUUCAUAAUUCGCCUAAUUGAAUAUUCAUUAUAACGGUACUGUAUUUUGAUCCCUCGUGCUUCCGUAUAUCGGGCGAAUCAUUACGGACAUCAAUUCAAAUGACUGUCGUGUAUUUCCUCAACUUUCAGUUGGACUGCGAGAAGAAAAUGUCAUUUUUGAAAAUUUGUUAGAUACAGUACUAUUUUGAAGAUUUAGCAUUUUUAAAGAUGAGUCUUUCUUGGUAUAUUUCUGAGCUUCUGGGAAUACGAGAAGAAUGCUUUUUCUUGAAUUAAAUUUCGCCAAUCCACUGAUUUUCAAAUAUUGCUCAGAAAAUGGGUUCAAACAGAAAAUUUUUCAAGACGCUUUCGUCUCAUUGACAGGUCAAGUGACACCUGUCCGACAUUCCAGAAAAAGAUUUCAAGCUUCAAUGAAAACAAACGAAAAAAUUAAUGAAAGGAAGCGGAAAUACUGUACUGUAAAUCGAAUUUGUAGAACGUAUUCCGCUCCUCUUUCCAUCUAUUGUGAAUUACCCUGCAUUAAAAAUACCAUCUUUGAUUAGCUGGGCCCAGAGAAAGGAGUUCUGCAUCUUGCUGCGAGUGCUGUCGUCAAUGCUGUAUGGGACCUUUGGGGUCGCACUCAAAACAAGCCCAUCUGGAAACUCCUCACGGAUCUGACCCCAGAAGAACUUGUUUCUUGCGUGGAUUUCACCUACUUGGAAGAUGCCCUGACAAAGGAAGAAGCCUUGGAGAUCCUACGUUCGAUGGUACCAGGGAAAGAUAAAAGAGAAGAGGAGAUUCGUUCCUCUGGAUACCCUUGUUACACCACGUCUAGCGGUUGGAUAGGGUAUGACGAAGACAAGAUUCGGAACAAUCUGCUCAUCUCCAUGCAAGCCGGAUUCAGCAAAUUCAAGAUCAAGGUCGGGCAGGAUUUAGAAAAGGACAAGAAAAGACUCAGGCUCGUCAGGAGCAUCAUUGGAGACAAUCGUCAACUGAUGAUUGACGCGAAUCAGGUUUGGGAGGUCGAUCAGGCCAUCAAUUGGGUCAAGGAACUGGCCGAGUUCAAGCCAGUUUGGAUUGAAGAACCAACCUCUCCUGAUGAUAUCCUCGGACACGCCAAAGUCGCGCAGGCAUUGAAAGACACUGGCAUAGGUGUCGCCACUGGAGAACAUUGCCACAACCGCGUCAUGUUCAAGCAGCUCUUCAAGUCUGGCGGGAUGCAAUAUUGCCAAAUUGAUGCUUGCCGCGUUGGCGGGAUUAAUGAGAACAUCGCCGUGAUGCUCAUGGCGAAGAAGUUUGGCGUCCCUGUGUGUCCCCAUGCAGGUGGGAUCGGGCUCUGUGAAAUGAUCCAACAUCUCGCCAUCUUCAACUUCAUUUGCAUCUCGGGCGACUUGAAGCAUUCGGUUGCCGAGUACGCUGAUCACUUGCACGAGCAUUUCAUUCAGCCCGCGAGAAUCAAGCAUGGUUGCUACAUCGUGCCUGAUGCCCCAGGGUACAGCGUGGAAAUGAUCGGAUCAUCUCUGAUCAACUAUGAAUACCCCUUGGGUCCGAAAUGGCGGGAAAUGUUCGACAAGAAGCUGUACGAGGAUCCCUCGAAACAAGUGCCGCCAUAUGUGGAACAUCGUCCAGAGACCAGAUCGUCUCAUUUCCAGCGUUUUCACAGCAUCCAAACAUCUUAAAACUAGAAGAAAGAAAUGUUGACCUCCUUGUAUCUUAUUUACUGUAUUGUAUAUAAUUUUCGUUGCCUUUUUAACUUGACUCGUGACGUGCAAAUGUUUUUUUUUUCAAUAUUGAGGCCGUCGCCUCACAUUUCCGUCUUUGGUGUGUUCU